UCUCCCCUUAACUUCACCAAACAAAUCAAAACACUCAAAUCCCAGUUCAGAUAUACCACAGCUUCCCAAUCACUUCCCACACAAACCCAAAAAAACUUAUAUUCCAAUGGCACAAAAGUUUGAGAUGUCUCUAGUCCUUGUCCUAGUGACCAUGUUCUUGGCAAGGGCAGCAGCCCAGUCUAGUUGCACAAACGUGAUCAUCAGCAUGUCACCCUGCCUCAGUUACAUUACUGGCAACUCCUCCACCCCUUCUUCCGGGUGCUGCUCGCAGCUCGCCAGCGUUGUUGCUUCCUCCCCACAGUGUUUGUGUGAGGUCCUUAAUGGCGGUGGAUCAUCUCUAGGGAUCAAUGUGAACCAGACUCAGGCUCUGGCAUUGCCUGGUGCUUGCAAUGUCCAGACUCCACCACUCAGCAAGUGCAAUGCUGCUUCUCCGGCUGGCUCUCCAACAGGAGCAGCAGACUCUCCUAAUGAAGGUCCUGCAGGAACCGGUUCAAAAACUGUACCAUCGACUCAAGGCGGCAUGUCGGACGGAUACUCCAUCAAGAUGUCCACUCCGACUCAACUGUUUCUUCUCUUGGCUACAGCAUACGCUACCUUCACAAUGUGCUGAUUUUCUUUCUGUUGGUCUAACUUUUCGAGUAAUACACAUAAUAUGUUUCUGUUGGCCAAACUUUUUGAGUUAUACGCAUAAUACCGUUUGUGAUUAUUAACGUAUGGGAUUAUUAUUUUGAA